AAACUGUUCUUCUUCUCUCGCCAGGUGCUGGUUGGUGUGGGCGUUCCCAUAGUGGCCCUGUUGAUCAUCAUCAUUAUAGUGAACGUGCUUCAGGCACGGCUACCCAGGUGUCUCCCCGCGGUACUGCACUCCUGGGACUUCCUGCCUCUCUGGGCCCACUCCUUAGAACCCUGGGACCGCGUGGUCGCCGUGGUAGCAGCCAAAUGCUGCUGCUGCUGCAAGUGUUGCCAGACCGGACCGGAGGAGGAGGAGGUGGAGGAGGAAGAGGAGGAGAAAGGAGGAGGGCAUUUCCUGGAGAUGUACGACCACCCUGCCAUGAUGAACGGUGUUGACUGGGGGGAAAAGAGGGAGGACAAAGAGGAUGUCUUGAAAGCAACGCAGCUUUGAUGCGCCGUGACACUUCGUAAGCGCAU